UAGCAAGAGUGCCUGCUUAACAUGGAUCAAUGCUGGUGACAUUAGUCACUGCUAAUUGCUCAAGAGUUGAGAUCAGAGUCUGAUCUACUUCAAAUUUUCAGCCUGUUUUAUUUUUAAAUAGAAUUUGUGGUUUGAAUUAAACCUGACAUUUUGGAAAUUGACUUUAUUUGAAAAAGACUUCCUUCAAAUUGUUUUCUACUGGCAUUUAUUUAGAUAGAAAGCAGUAAAGGAGCCACGCAGAUAUUUUGGAGCACCCAAGGAAUCUACCCUGAGGAUGGGCAGCACAGACCCCCAUCUUGUAUUGCCUGGCAAAUUUGUUUGCACAACUACUGAAUUGUUUGAAAUGGAUGUACCUCUGAGCCAGUGAACUGGGAUUUUGGCUUGUUUUCCAUGGGGCAUGCCAGCGGGUCACAUUUCCUCUCUGAACCUCCCUCCAAGCCGCACUGUACUCAUGAAGGGAAAGGACAAGGCUUCACAAGAAACAGCACAUGCUUUCCUUUCAUUUCUGGGAGUCCCAGGGUCAACCUACAGAUGCUGCUCCUUCCGUGGCCGAUGGCAUUCAGACUCCCAGCUGUCGACAGUGCCAGGCAAUCAACUGGACAGGACGGCUCAGCCACGGGACGCUGGCCCCAGUCUCGGCCAGAGCAGGAGCCCCCCAGCCACAGACCACCUCUGCCGCCCCAUCCAGGAGCCUUCCCACCUCCUUUAGGCUUGCCGCAGCCCCGCCACAGGGGCUGAAAAACUGGAAGGUGGUGGCAGCAGUGGCAGCGGUGCCUACAGCCUUGGGGCCAAUCCAGGUACGUGGAACCCUGCUUCGGGCAUCUCUGUGGCCCCUGCAGGGCCAGAGAGGGACCCAGGACCACCCCAGCGCUCACCACUGCCUCUUCCUAUCACUGAUACCUGGGCGAGGGGUCAAAAUGGAAGCUGCCACUCCUGAGCAGAAUUCACAGGCCAGACUGGUGGAGGUGGGGGACGGUGUGAGCAGAGAUCAAGACAGCCAGGAAUUCAAGCAGCAGCUGCCGCCGCUCCCCAAGCCUUCAGCCUCCUCCCAGCAGGAAGCAAAAAAUGUCGAGCUGUGCGCUUCAGCCGGAGUCCGGAGGGAGAGUCCCCAGGCCACAAAACUUACCCUGGAGCACUACCCUGCUGAUCAGAGGGACUCCGGGAGUCCCAAGGAGAAAGCACAAGAUGAGCCCAGCCAUCAAGAGUGCAAAGCUCCAACCACCCAGAAGAAUCCUGCUCCCUCCAAACUCUCCAGAUCCCAGCUCCCCCGCAGCGAUCAGUGUGGCAACUGCUUAUCUUCCUCAUCCUCCUCCCCAGUGGACAAAACAGAUGAAGACGGCCUUUCCAAAAUGGAUGAUUCUGCCACGUCGACGGGAGUUCUGGCCACUUCCUCUUCAUCCUUAGGCUUUGAGAGUGAGAGCGGUGAGAACGAAGUAAGCUGCCAGCCCAGGGGAGGGGGAGGAGGAGGAGGAGGAGAAGCAGGGGUAGGAGGGGCAGGAGAUGGAACAGAGUGCAGGGACAUUAUUGCCAAGUCCCAGGGCAGCAGGGACCCCCCAAAAAAUGAGGAGGCUCACUACAUCACCACCCAUGAGAUCCAGCUGAGUGAGGUGGAGCAGGACAUGGAUUUCGACGUGGGGCUGGCCUCCCACUGGGAUUUCGAGGACAACAACGUGAUCUACUCGUUCGUGGACUAUGCUUCCUUUGGUGGCAGCGACGAGACCCCGGGGGAUGUCACCACCCUGACCGAAGAGGACGACGACAACAGCUGCUACCUCAGCACCACUCCCAGCACCAACACCACCCGGACACCCAGCCCCACCAGCAGCGACCUGGCCCGUCCCAGAGUAGGCAGCAGUGGUCGCAACACCAGCAGCACGGAAGUGGGCAGCGGCCCAUCUGACAGUGACCCCACUCCCCCACCCACUGAGCCUGGCACUGCCACUCUGAGUGAGCCCUUGCCCGAGCCCCCGGAGGCAGCUUCAGGGGCAACAGCAGCCGCAGCAAGCAGCUGUGGGAGUGCAGCAAGCCAGAUCCUCCUAUCAAUCAAACAGACUUCCCAGGCUAUAAAUGAGCCUAGCAACGUGCGUGCAAAGCAAAACAUUAUUUAUGCUGCCAAGCAUGAAGGCGACAUGAGCCUCCACGUCUCUACAGCUGCUGAACACAAGUCAAGUUCACUGAAGCAAAACCCGGCUGCAGCCGUGGCUCAGGACCAUGCAAAGAAAUUCACUGCUGUCCCUGCUCGCCUGCAAACCAGGUGCGGGGCCAUCCGGGCGAAGGAGCUGGUGGACUACUCCAGCGGAGCCUCCAGUGCCGUGAGUGAACUGGACGAUGCGGACAAAGAGGUGCGUAACCUGACUUCCCGGGCCUUCCGCAGCCUCGCUUACCCCUACUUUGAGGCUCUGAACAUCAGCUCCCGGGAGUCCUCCACCACCCUCUCCGAAGUGGGUUUUGGACGCUGGUCGACUUUCCUGGACUUAAAAUGUGGGGGUGUUGGAGCCAGGGUGGAACAGAGCCUGCUCAGGGGCAGUGCCGCCUCUGUAGCUGCAGGUCUGAGGAAGGGCAGUGGGGCCAGGGCCACUGCAGACCAGCUCUACAUCCAGUCCAAGAAGUCCCAGACCAAGGCCUUGGAGUUCGUGGUCAGCAAAGUGGAGGGGGAAAUCAAACAUGUGGAGACACCCCUGUGUUUCCAGAAGCAGGUCCAGACGGGCUCCCGCGUCGUCACCCUUCUGGAGCCCCUGAAUUUACGCAGUGAGAGCAAAGCCAGCUCAGCCGCUGGGCCCUGCAGGGCCACCAAAGGCUCCAGCAAGGGUCCCGGGUCGGUGUACACGGAUGACGGCUCAGAGAACUCUGAAUGUAGCAAGCCUGCCUCCCGCGCGGACGGUCCCCAGAAGUCCAAGUUUGCUUCCAGUCUUCUCAAGAACGUUAUUUCCAAGAAGAUGCAGCGGGAACACGAGUUCAAAAUGGAGAGGGGAGAAGUCGUGGAUACAUCCCAUUGCAACCUCCCCGGGGCCACCAAGGAGAUGGAGGGCCCGCCCGGGGGUGAGCGGCCGCGCGAGAGGAGCCUGCAAAGGCAGAAUUCUCGCCACUCGGAGGCAGGCUCCGAGUACACGGUGGUCAGCGUGUCCGACGCGGGUGGGGAGGGGCCGAUGGCCGCGUCUAAAUCCCCGAUUUUCAAAGCCAGUACUCCUCGGGAGAGCAACGCAGGCUCUGGCCGGAAUUUCACCGAUGGACACACAGAAGAAGUGUGUGAAAUUAAAAAGAGUGCCUCAGAGACUGUCAAGGGCAUCUUCCUCCGUAGUCAGAACAGUGCAUUCCGGUCAUGGAAGGAGAAAGAGGCCGAGAAGCGGGAAGAGAAAGGACCCAUCGGAAAGCUGAAGCUCCCCAAAGGGGGGGAUUGGAGGGCAGAUCUUGGGGAGAUCUCUGCCAGCAAGUCCACCAUCAUGUCUCGCCUUUUUGUCCCCAACAUCCAGCAGACAUCCAAGGACAAGCAGCCAGGGAAGCAGGCCACCAAGUACCCUGCUGCCCAGGCCACCUCCACGGCGGUGAUUAGACCCAAGGCUCCUGAAAUCAAGAUCCGGCUGGGGAGUGUGCAGCAGCCCAGCUCAGACUUCAACAUUGCCAAGUUGCUCACGCCUAAGCUGGCCAGUGGCAGCGCCUCUAACCUCUUCAAAACCCUUGAGGACAACAGCAGGGCGCAGCAGAAACUCUUCCGUGGGGACAAUCUAGAAAAAGUGCCCCAGUUCCAGGUGAGAGACGUGAGAGACAAGUCCAAGGUUCAAGGUCCCCUCCACCAGGUGAGAGAUGUCAGGAAACUAAUCAAAGGGUCAGGGGAUAGCAGUGACAAGGGCAGUGUUACCCCAGAGCAGGGGCUGACUGGGCCCAAACCCAGGCAGCUGGCUGCUGCAGCUGGUGGGUCCAGAUCCCUGUCCCCAAUGGUGAUUACGUGCCAGGCAGUAGUGAACCAGAGGGAAGACAGCAUGGACUGCGAGCAGAGAGACAGCCUGGACAAAGGUGGCAGCAGCAGGGGCUUGAAUUCCUUCUCCCCAGAAGGGACAGUCUUGGUUCACAGGGCAUCUGGCAGGCUGCCUGUGGCCACCAUUGCCCCCAAUAAACCUGAGCAGGGCUCCUAUCUGCCUGUGCUCAAGAUCGUCUCCAAGGCUUCUGCCCAGAAGACCCCAGAGAAGCCCAAGGAUGAGGAGGUCAAGGAGGAUGGGAAAGCCCGGAAGCCAGCCCGGAAUGCCCUGGAGAAGCUGACUGCUGCGGUGAGGUCCAUGGAAGAGCUGUACAGCUUCAACAGGAACGAGUGGAAACGCAAAAGUGACCCCUUGCCCAUUAUGAUGGACAGCCACGUCCUGUCGCUCAUUGCCAGUGAGGAGAGGGGAGGGGUCAUGGGUGCAGAGGGAGACCCUGACAAGCUGGCCAAACGGCUGGGUGAGGUAGAAGAGCGGGGCACAGGAAACAAAGGUGGUGUGGUCCUGCGAGGGGCCCCCAUAGAACGUCUGCAGCGGAGAAACUCUAACCCCAGCACUGAGAGUGUGUCUGCCCGAGCAGCUGCCUUUGAGAACCUGGCCAGGGAAAGGCCCCGAUCUCUCUAUAUUCCCCCAGUCCACAAGGACGUGGAGAGAGCCCAAGCCCUACAGCCCCUCCCACCACUCCCCAGCAACCGGCACGUGUUCACAGUGAGUGCAAGCAGCACCCAGAAAACUGGGGGUGUCGCCGGCAAGUUCCCACAAGGGCCUUCUCCAGAGAGCCCUUCAGCAGCCAAGGGCAUCAAACCACAGGGACUCCGGUCUCUCAAGAUCUCUCCAGCCACCCGGGCACCUCCAGAUGAGGCGAACAGGAAAAGUGGUAGCAAUUUGGAGAAGAGCAAUAGUGACUGUGAGAAUUACCUGACCAUCCCCCUUAAAGGAAGCUCUGCUGCAGGGGAGCUUCCUGGCAGGCCUGGGGUUGCAAGGGAGCUGCCCCCGUCCUCCUCAACUGCCACUCUCUGCAGUUUACCCCCACUGAGUGCCCGCAGUCAGGUCCCCAGUAGCCCCAAAGGCUCUCAGGUCAGUGGAACCAGCCGACCAGCUUGGCGUACCAAACCUGACAACUCCCGGGAGACAGUAGCUGCCCCCACAGGGCCCCAGAGUCCUGAGCAUACCCCCACCACCAUCUACCACCAGCAGCCUCUGCCCUUCACCCUGCAGGGGGCCCAGCCCCAGAUCCUCUGCUUCUCCCCACCUGGCAUGCCUGCCCCAGCACCUGCAGGCCCAGCUCCAGUCCCCACAGACCCCUUCCAGCAGCCACAGCCUCAGCAGACCCAGCGCAAGAUGCUCCUGGAUGUGACGACCGGUCAGUACUAUCUGGUGGACACCCCGGUACAGCCCAUGACUCGGAGACUGUUUGACCCUGAGACAGGGCAGUAUGUGGAUGUGCCCCUGACAUCCCAGCAGCAGGCUGUAGCUCCCAUGUCCCUCCCUGUGCCUCCCUUGGCCCUGAGUCCUGGGGCCUAUGGACCCACCUAUAUGAUUUAUCCUGGGUUUCUGCCCACAGUGCUGCCUGCCAAUGCCCUGCAGCCCACACCAAUUGCUCACACUCCAGGGGGCAGUGAGCUCUCCCCCAUGGUGGCAGAGCCCCACAGCAAAGAGGCAGCUGCAACGUUCACUGAGGCCCCAUAUUUCAUGGCCUCUGGUCAGUCUCCAGCCUCCUCUUCCUCCUCAGCCCCAGCAGCCACAUCCCAGCUCAUGGGGGCCAAGGGCUUCCCCCAGCUGCAUGGCAAGCCUGUCAUCAGUAUCACUUCACAGCCCCUGGGGCCCAGGAUCAUUGCUCCUCCUUCCUUUGAUGGCACCACCAUGAGCUUUGUGGUGGAACACAGAUGAUGAGCAGUCACCAGAAAGCAGAAUGGAGCCACUGGUGGAGCAAGACACAAAGAUGGACUACUCUUAUUUAAUCUGAAAGUCGCAUUGUAAUAGCACUAAGAACUCAUCUGAAAAAAUUCUUCCACAUGUGUUACUCUUAAUUUUUGCUUCUUAUAAACCAAGUGUGUAAGUUUCUAUAUUUUCCUGAAAAACUCUCUUAAGGCAGUUUUUAUUAUUUUAAUUAUACUAAGCUGAUUGAAUGGUUGCAUUUUUCCCUCUGUAAACUAUUUCUUUUUAUACUUUAAUACAGGAUAUAAGCUUUCUAUUUACCUCCUUCCCUUCUGCACUUGAGACUAGGCAAAUAAUCCCUUAAGUGUCUACGUGGUUCUAUCAAAACACGACAGAAUGGGAUUGGUUCUGUGGUAAACCAUGCCAGCAAAUCAAUAAUUUGGAUUGCAGGUCUCCUUAUAGGUUCUUAGGAUAUAUCAAGACUAAUUGGCAGAGCGGUGGCACAUAUUCAGGUUUUAAAUAUGAUGAGUCUGCUCUUUGAAUCAUAUACCAACUAAACCUAGUCAUUCUCUUGGUUAUGCUAUAUGUGUUCUUUUAUUGGGUUUGGCAUGAUUUCAAAUGUGAUUGUGAAAAACAGUGGUUUUAACUUUUGUGCCUUGUUUUAAUGUUUUCCCAUUUGUACAAUGCCAUAACACUGUUUGUUGCCUGAAAAUAGAAUAGCUUGAAAUACUAGAAAGCCAGUGAUUGCGUUUAAAAUUAAGUUCUUAGUCUCAGAAAGGUAUAAAAUAUACAUUUCCCUUUAAGAAUCCAGCCUUUGUUAUGAGCGUAUAGCAUUGUUUAUCCUCUUCAAUGACUCUCUCCAUAGUUGCAUACUCCUGUCUCUCAUGAGUUGUUUGGAGUCUGAAGAGUGACCUGUCUGUGGCAGUGGAGUAAAAUGUGAGCUCUGAUUCAGUGGCUCUGAUUCACUCCAGCCCUAGCCUAGAAUUAUAGCACUUGCUCUUUAUGAGGCAGGUUUUAAGAGAUCUCAAGAAUCUAAAGCAUGGAAUCUUUCACAGACAUUCAGUACUGCCUCAGCUGUAACCCAAUUCUGAGGGCUAUUUGAGUGAGUGUUCACAGUGAGUCUUGAAGAGCUGAUUGAACAGAUAUUUAUCUUUUUAUAAUUAAUAAGUGGGUCAAUAUAUCCUCAACAAAUGUUACAUUGAAAUAUUUCUUAAUUAUUUUUUAAACGAAUAAUUUGAAGCUUCUCCCAGACUUUUUGAAAAAAAUCUCCUUUUAUUUACUUAUUCAUUUAAAGAUAGAGCAUUCUGGCAAUUUUUUAAAAAACUUAUUUGGAUUUUUAUGAUCAUCAGUAUUUGGUUUCUGCUCAAAAUUGCUUCUGGAAGCCAUGAAAUUUUAUGCUACUCACGACAGAAGCUGUGAGUAAAAACUAUGAGACUGAUUUUGUGUGAUUUAUAUAAUCUUAUUACUUUGUUGUUAUGCUUCCCAUCUCAGACUCUUAAGAAGAAACAACAACAACAACUCAGUUUCACUUUCAGGGACUUCCUUAAAAAGAUCUUACUCUAAAAAAGAAGAUCUCUUGGGUAAAGGGAAAGGUUUGAGGCAGGAAUAGUCAGCUCUGGACACAAUUUAAUCACUCACUGGGCUGAUGAUCAGUGCAAUGAAGCUAUAACCUCUGAGACAUGAAACAUGGUCUCUGUGUGUGGAAAAGAUGCCCUUGUGCCAUAUUCUGGAAAAUAUUAUUUCUUUAUGAUAGAGGUCUUCUUACCCAGGUACAUCAAUAGAUUUCACCCCAGAACUUUCUUAAUUUUUUACCACUUGGGAACAAUUCUUACAGCAUCAGUGCUUCCUCAUUUUCAGGAGAGAUUGGCUGGGUAUGAGGUCACUUAAUAUUGAAACAAGAAAGUAGAAUCCAUUUCAAAGAUCUCAAACCUAUAAUAUUUAAAGCAGCACCAUGAAAUCUCAAGUAUUUGAACACGUCUGGCGGAACUUAUACAGGAUUUGGGUGGGUAGUAUUAAAACUGGUAAGAUGGGUUAAAAACCACUUACAACUUUUAGGAAAGCCCUAUAGCCAUUUUGAGUUGUCACUGCUAGCCAGCUCUUCAAAAAAGGAGACACCUCUUUCCCUAGAAAAUGUGGUAGAGUGGAUGGUCUGGAGGCCAAUGAGCUCUUUACCAAUAUUUAUCACCAGCAGAUCUGAGACUUAAAUUCUCACAUUGGGGUAAACUAGGACAGAAACUAGGAAAGAAAGGAGAAAUUUUCAUCUGUUGCUUCUAUCCAAGAGGUGCAGUAUCUGAGCUUACCAGGGAUGUCAUCAAUGUCCAAGUGGUUAAAAAUGUUACUUUAAAACAAUGAUCUGUUGAAUACCACAUCAUUUAUUGAUAAUUUUAUGGCUCUCUAUCAAACCGUACAAAGCUGCUAGGCCAUUUACUGCCUGAAGUGAGAGGGAGAGAACAUUUUUAUAGGCAUAAGGUAAAUCUCAAUCCUCGUUUUCAUUAUUUUGUCAUUUCUUGAGGUUGCAUGGAUAUCUGAAUGAAGUGGUUGUGCCCUUUCUUUUCCAACCAAAGUGGAAUAAGAAUCUAUAAAGCCUUCUGACCCAUAAAACUGUUACCCCAACAAUUUCCCUUUCGCUACUGAACUAUCAUGUUAUAUGUUUUUUGUUUAUAAAACCACUAAUAAGGCAUUUCCUAAAUAGUGCCUUGAGCUUGCAUCUAAUCAAAAUUGCUGAGUCUGGCUUUUGUGAUUUUCUCUCAGGGUUACAUAUGUGGCUCAUCUUUCCAAAAGAACCACAGGGCAUUGUAUAGAAAUCCCUACCCAUUUUCUCUCUUUCCCUGUUGGUAAAAUGGUCAUGUUGAAAUAUGCACUAUUUGAAUUGUUCCUGAAAAACUGAACACAUUUGUAACCAGUAUGAAAAUUUAAUUCCCCUGAAUGUACUUUCUUGAAAGCACUCACUGAAAUUGCCCUCAGGGUUAAAUGAAGCCCAGACAUUUAGGUAAUGACUUAGCAUAUAGGCUCUCUAUAUGUCUGUUUAUCACUGAGUAAAUAAGCUAAAACAAAUUACACUUUGACAUGUUUAUAAUGAAUCUCUAAAUAUUAAGGAUGGAUUUUAAAUCCAUCCUUAUAUCACUAGGAAAUAUCUAGUGAUGUAAAUUCCCUUUUCUUAAUUUCAGAUUUGACUUUAUCACCCUUGUAUCUUAAAGAGAUUUAAUGCAUCUUAAUUGUUUUCAUACUUCAUAGAAAUGAAAGUCUGUGUUUGCUACAGAUUGAAUGCUCAUGCUACCUAAAAUAAUACUUCGGACUGCAGGACAGUAUUGAUUCCUAAGUAGAUGGACUAUAAUCUCAUGACAACUACGUAUAUGUACAUGGGAAAACACAUUCAAUAAUAGUCUUUGUGUUUUAAAACUAUCAUGGUAUACAUUUUCCUAUGUGGUGCUUGAGGAGUUUCAUUCUACAGUUUACAAGGUGUAGGUCUGCACUCCAAGUUCUCAGGGUAUGCUAUUUUACCCAAUUACUUGAAAGAAAAAGGUGCCCUUUAUUUUAUCAGUACUGUUGAGGGGAAAAAUUAUGUGUAAGUUUGUUUGAGAAACGUGCUUAUAAAAAUCAAAUUCAUAAAAUAUGUUAGGUUUUUACAUAAUUUUUAAGGUGAGAUAUAUAUCAAGAUAUAAUAUAUAUUUUCUAGAGAAUGCUUAUGUAUUCUUAAUAAUUUCUGGGUCCCUGUAGACCUCACAGGUGCAUAAAAUCAUUAAUAAAGCAUGUAGCAUUUGCUAAAUGGUGCCUUGAGCUUGAAUCUAAUCAGAAUUGCAGACUCUGGUCCUCUUGGAAAAAAAGCAUGUUCCUCUGUGACAUGUGUGAGUACAAGGCCCAGGGGAGGAUUCUGAAAAUUGGACUCCUUUGUCUGCCCCCAGUCUCAGAAGAGAACUGAAUGUUCACAGCAGCAUUCGUAAGCUGUUAACAUUCAGUGUUUCACAUUGUGCUAGAGCACAUUAUUAGACUUAUUCCUGUUUUAUUCAUAAUGGUGCAGAAUAACACACACAUACACACCCCUAAUUUGAUUUUUUCUUUUUUUUUUUGUUUCAUAAUUGCUUUUUCUGUUUUGUUCUUUUUGUUGUUGUUGCUGUUGUUGUUGGGUAUAUCAAGUUUGUUCCUCUUUUUUCAUAAUUGCUUUUUACAAGCUAAUGUUAAUAGCAAAGAGUUCUUCCCAGGGCUCCCUGAGUUACCUACUAUAUCUGUAUCCAUUUUCUAGCAGGUGGUCCUUCCUUUUUCUCCCCCCAUGAAGAUGUGUGUUUGUGUAUUUACAUAUAAAUCAUACUAUUGUACAGUAAAUACUGUGGUGGUUGAAAAGAAUGUGAAGACUGUAGAAGUUAUGUCUGAACAGAGGAGUGUAAAUUGUGUGAUAAAUAGGGAAGGACAUUGGAUAAUGCUGAAUUAUACCCCUGACUAUGAAAAAAGCAGGUGGUAAAUGGAAAGUAUGUAAAAUUUUAAACUGUUCAACAUAGAAAUCUUAGUGGAAAAGUUCUUACCUGAGGUCUAAUGUGAUUCAAUUAUAGAUGCAGUGAGCUUGGCUAAGGGGACUUUGAAUCUAGCCCAACACUCUGAGAAUUACCUUUUCAAGUGUAUUGCAUAUGGAGAAAACUACUUAGACAAGGAUUCUGUGAGACUAGCCUACUGAUCUUUAAUUGCCAGCUUUUGUAAAUGAUUGUGCAAUCUUGUGUAAUGGUCUUUUAUUUUAACUGUUUUGAAAAAAAAAAUGUUUUGUUGGUUUUUUUUUUUUUCCAGUAAAAGUAACUGCAAAAACA